UGUACCUUGUGGGUGGUUUCAAUCACAUGAUUUAAACACGCGGGGUUACACACAGUGUCUCUGUUGGGAAUAUAUGCUUAAAUAUGCAGGGGUUGAGAGACAGAGGGUGCAUCUUCAACAAGGCAGUGUUGUCUUUGUUAAUCUGCAUUAUUUUCCGUGCACAAGGUGUUCCUGAGCUGGCAUGUCCUCCUGGAAUAAUUGAGGUUGGAACUUCAGCUGGACUCUUCUGCUCCAUAUCUAAUGUCAAUGUCACCCUUGUGUAUACUGACCCCAAUGGAAUUACAGUACAGUGUGAUAUGAAGACAGGCUCUUCAUUUUGUGCCACAAGUCAGGGUUACAAUACAUCAGUACUCAACGAUACUCACACGCAAAUAGAGGUAAAGAGUGUCAAACCAGCCCAUGGAGGUAACUGGACAUGUAAAGAAGGCGAAGGUGACGCCGCAGACUGUUGCUUUGUUUUUGUCAAACAGACUCCAUCUUGCACCAUAACCAGUGACAGAGAUACCAAAGCACUUGGCCUGAAUGAGGAUAUAUCCCUUACAGUGGCUAUUGUUGGUUUUUACUGUUCUUCAGAAAGCAACUUCAUUCUCCAGACAGGAGGAAUCAGAGAAGCACUGAACAUAAGUACACAUGUGUAUGGUAUAAAGAAUGUAAGUGUUGACACAAAACUGAACAUCAUGGAAUCCCACUUUGGUGAAGUCAGACUGAUAUUUGGUUGCCACAAUGAAGAGAUAAAUCUUACAUGUGGAUGUGUUGAAAGCUUUAACAGAGGAAAACUACCUGCCCUUCCACUCGUCCUGGGAAUUGUCGUCAGCAUCGUCAUCAUCAUCAUUAUAAGCAUCGUAAAUUGUGUAUUAAAGAGAAAUUGGAAGACCCCAAGUCCGUUUCUUGAACACUAUCACCCUGCAGAUGAUGUAAAUGAGGAGGGUUCGACAGUGUUUUCUGGGGAUGGAAGUGUUGCAUUGCGUGUUCCUGGUGAUGCUCUCUGGAGAGCGCAGAGAAAUGUAGGGGAGGGCGAGGGAGUGUAUUCAUUGGCGAAGUGAGUGAGUAUGAUGUUACGCCCCUCUAGACCAGCUAUAUCACCGUGGGACAUCAGAAAUGGGAUACAGACUGCCUGUAAUUUGAUUGAUCAUUAAAACUCAUCAACAUAAUUUGUCCUGAAUUUGAUGAUGCGCCAGUUGCUCUUAUUAACAUACAUGUAGUCGUUGACGGGGAAGUAAGAUUGAGUCAUCUUCCGGUGUUAUUCAUAGCAAUAUACAAUUUCCGUCUGUUCAGAUGAAACGUUCAACCAAAUACCAUCCCUGCAUUGAUACACUGAGAUAUACCAGAUGGAGGUGCCGAUCUCUUUUGUCCAGGGCGAUUCCAUAUUUAGCGGAGUCUUUCAUUACUUCCUGAUCUUCACGUGUCUUCAUCUCUCAUUUGGUGUCAGUCAUCCAGACUUCAGUUGCCCAGAGGUAGCUGAACUUGAACGCCCUGCUGUCCUGCAGUGCUCUGUAUCUCACAGUGACACCACCAUUAAAUACGAAGGUCCAAAUGGAGUGGACGCGCCCCAGUGCGAUCUGGGACAAGGAAGGUGUACUGGGUUUGGAGUGUACAGUGCGUCGAUAGUUAACAACAGCAACACUGUACUGCAGAUAAGCAGUGUCGAACAAUCGAUGGAGGGUGUGUGGAAGUGUACAGAUGACGCCAGAAGACGCUCCUCCGCGUGUAUGCUUCAUGUGUUUAAAACUCCAUCGUGCAAUAUAACAAGUGGCGCGAACACAGAUGUAGUUGCAGCAGGUGAAGAAGCCUCACUUGAUGUCACCAUCUUCUCCUUCUUCUGUUCUGGAGCAUCUAACUUCACGCUGCAGAUUGGCAACACCAGCCAAACUCUGGAUACAGCUGUUGAUUAUUCUGCAAAGCAAACGGUCUCCGUAUCUAUUAAUGUCACCGACUCUCACUAUGGAGCUUUGAGACUCUUAUUUUCCUGUCACCGCUAUCAGCGGAGUCUCCCCUGUGCAGGUAUAGCACAGCUGCAUAAACCUGCCUCAACUGGUGGAGGUGCCAUCAGCUAUUCCAGGAACCUGAUACUGUACAUCAGUAUCAUAAAUUUACAAUUUCCAUGGUCGUUGUUGUGGUAAUGUGGGUAUUAGGGAGAACGGUAGAGUAAUAUACUAUUGGGAACACGGUAAAAUUUUUGCUCAAAAGGGAGCAGGCUGGUCUUCUUU